AUGGAGCCAAAGCCAAGUAUUCCUGGGAGAGUUUUUGCCAUGAGUAGAGCAGAAGCUUCACAAUUUGAGGAGUUAAUUAGAGGUAAAUGCAUUAUUAAGGGUCGAUUGUUGGAUGUGUUGUAUGACUCAGGUGCUACACACUCCUUUGUUUCUGUGGAAUGUAUGAAGAGUCUGGGUUUGCACGUGACUAAAUUGUCGUGCAAUGUUGUGGUGACUACCUCAAUAAUGGUGCAUGAUAGGGACUUCGAGGUAGACUUGAUUUGUUUGCCUCUUUCUCAAUUGGAUGUGAUUUUGGGGAUGCAUUGGCUAGUCGCCAACCAUGUGCUGCUAGAUUGCAUAGAGAAGACGUUAAUUUUUGGUGCGUCGAUGUUAGAAAUUCCAAGGCUUUUGAGUCAAGGUGCGUGGGAGAACACGGUGAACGCUAAGGCCUUUAUGGUCAUGUUCUUAUUGGAGGCCGAAAGUGGAAUGGAACUGAAGUACAUCUCGAUGGUGAAGGAUUUCUUGGAAAUCUUACCUGAAGAAGUAUCUGAGUUCACAAUGGACCUCAUUUUGGGAGCAAGUCCGAUUUCUAUGGCACCAUAUAAGAUGUCACUGGUGGAGUUGGCAAAGGUCAAGAAGCAAGCAGAGAAUUUGUUGUAG